AUGUUGCGCGAAGUCAAGGCAAAGAACCCGCGCACUGCGCGUAUCCUCAAGGCGCGAGAGCCCCAACUCAUCGAACCCCCCAAGAAGACUCUAUUGCUGCACGGGACGAAAUGCCCUCAAGCCCUCGACACCGUCUUGAAGACCUUCCACUCUCUCACAAAGCCCAACUCCGUCCUUUUCCACAAGAAGAAUGAGAACAUUCAUCCUUUCGAGAACACAGAAAGCAUGGAAUUCUUGGCCAACAAGAACGAGUGUGGUCUGGUAGUCUUUGGAAGCAGCAACAAGAAGCGCCCCAACUGUGUGACAGUUGGCCGAAUUUUCAACUCGCAAACACUGGACCUCUGCGAACUGAUGCUUCUUCCCCCAUCUGAGCCGAACGCCAUCCCUCCAUUCAACGAGCUUACUAUGCCCGUCGGUCUUGGCAUGCGGCCGAUGCUGCUGUUCUCCGGUAGUCCUUGGGAGGAUCCGACAUCAGGAGUUCACGUCAUGCUGAAAAGCUUCUUCCUUGACAUGUUCAAGGGCGAAGAGACGACCCAGAUCGAUGUCGAGGGUCUUCAAUAUAUUUUGAUGGUUGGCGCCGAAGAGCCUCGUGACGGCUUGUCCCCUGUCGUGCACCUUCGGUGGUACAAGAUCAUCACCAAGCGCAGUGGCCACAAGCUGCCUCGUGUGGAACUUGAAGACGUUGGUCCCAAGUUCGAUUUUAAGAUCGGCCGUCACCGCCCCGCUACCCCCGAGGCAAUGAAGGAGGCCAUGAAGCAGGGCAAGCGUCCCAAUGAAGAUAUGAAGACCAAGAAGAACAUCAUCAUGGACUCUAUGGGUGACAAGAUUGGUCGUGUGCACUUGGGCAAGCAGGAUCUGGGUGGCCUUCAGACUCGUAAGAUGAAGGGUCUGAAGCGUCGGGCGGGUAUCGACUCGGACGACGAAGAUGAAGAGGAUAUGGAGAUGAUGGACGUCGACGAGAUUUUGGAGGAAGAGGGCAACAAGCGUCCACGGACGGAUUAA